GGUGGGGGGCACCGGACGCUGAUUAGAGAUAUCAAUGUUUAACCCCGGGGGUCGGCAGAUAUCUGGACAUGCCGUAUGCAUGAUAGUGCAAACAUUGUUUUCAAACGAUUCUCUACGGAUAGAAUGGGGCUACGUGGUUGGGCCCUGUUGAACACACACACACACACACACACACACACACACACACACACGCGCGCGCCCCUUUUUGUUUUUGAAACGCACACACCCUCCUGCUGCUCCGUCACACGCACACUCACACACGCACCCUGAUUUUCCGUGGCUUUUUCCUUCGCGACAGACCGGGGUGAUGGCUGGAAAGGACAUUUUCCCAUCGUUAAAGGACAUUACAUUUCUUCGUGACAGACCGUGGUGAUGGAUGGAAAGGACAUUUUCCUUUCAUUAAAGGAGGUCAUUAGCGGAGCUUAAAAUGGAAAGUGAAAUCACUAGCCACUCAUAAAGACAUCUGACCUGCUCUCAGCAGUAGCACACACUUCAAACAAACAUGAGGACAGCAACGUUGAUCCUGUUUUGUGUCACAGUCUUCGGAGCUGGACUUGCUCAAUCCCCAGGUGGAAGAUCUGAGAAAUGUCUAUGCAGGGGGAAACUAAUGCAGUCUGUGAGGAUAAAACGCAUCCAGAAGUUAGAGGUGUACCCAAAUACUGUCUUCUGUGCAAAGACAGAACUGAUUGCCACAAUGAAGAAUGGUAAGAAAAAGUGUCUGAACCCAGAGGGCAAACUAGGAAAAAGAUUCCUGAUGAGAACAAGACUGGAGGUGCAACAGAAGCGAAAAGGAGGACUGGGAAGGAAGAACAAAAAUCCUUCUAAUCCCUGAGUUGGUACAGAAUUAGAAAAUAGAUUAAAGCCUCACACCUACAAGUGUGCAUUGGUCAAGCUGGAGACUUUCUAUGUCACUGCAGCCUGUCUGGAGGUGUUUCCUUCCCGGAGGAGGUGGUUCCUUCCUGGAAUACGUUCAUAGUACACAAUGUGUCCAUGCAUUCCGUUCCUAUGUAAACAGGAGAACGUGCCAAGAUGUUGUCACAGAGACUUACCUCAAUGGUUCUCACAAUUUUUUAUGGAUAUUUGUUUUAAAUGUGUUCAUGGCAGUGAAUGUUUGUCUGGGUUAUAUCACUACUUUAUUUACAGUAUGUGUCUAUGAUUAGCCUCACUUCAGAAUAUAAUGUAGCACGUUCUUGCUCUGGGGCAAUAGAUUUGUUACAAAUCACCCAUAUCAUAACAGCUGUUGUGUACUUGCAUUAAUCUUAUAGAUAGAAAUAUAUAUAGUUCUAUACUGAACACCAAUAUAAAUGCAACAUGUAAUGUUUUGGUCCCAUGUUUCAUGAGCUGAAAUAAAAGAUUCCC